AUGCUAAUUACCACAGAGAAACAUGAGGAUUUUGAAACAACUCUUUUGGAAUGGGGCCUGUCUAAAGGAGCAUCCAGUUAUAUUGGAGAAAUACAGCUGUACACAAUUAAUGGCAAAGCAGUUAUAACGUAUACCUCGCAUGUCUCAGAAAAUAAUUAUGUAUAUGUCUACAAUUCAUCUUCUGCAGCAGGUGAGUCUAAAGAAAAAGAAAAGGAGAAGAACAAAUCGGCAAGAGCAGCCGAGCCUACAUAUAUAUCUUUGCAGUUGUGCAAGCAGAUACUUAAUCCAAUUAUAAAAGAAGCACACAAGCCAAAGGAAUACAAAGUAAAAGAGUCCGUUAUAUUUAAUGGCCAGGUUGAAAUGAAGCUGCUUCACAUAGAGUCAGGAGACAUUAAAGUAAUGACUGGGAUAGAGGGGCUUGACCAUGCAGUAGAAAUAUUUAAUGAUCUUCCGGUUGAAAAAAAAUCAAUUUCAGCAGACACGCUUGAAGAAAUGCUUUGUCAGUUAUUUAUGAAUACUUUAUUAAUAUAGGACUAUUUGAAUAAAUGGCUGCACUUCUCUAUUGAAGUGAUUACAUCUAUCAUGUUUUCAGAAAUAUA